ACCUCUCGGAGCUGUCUUCGCGCGUUUGCCGGUCCAUCCCUUUGAGAGCGACCCCACGGGAAAAUCUCGAGCCACGGACCAAAAGUUUAGUAGUUACUCUCAGCGCCUCUAUUACGACGUUCAAGCAAGAUCCUUGCCCUCCACAGAGAUGACCCGACAUUCCACAUCGGGUCUUAGCGUAUGUUGGACCAGAAGUGCCCUUCUGCAGCUGCAUGAGUUUCGAUGCGGGCAAGGGGUCCAGAUGAGAGCAGGCCACACGAACGGAAGGGGGUGGGAUAAAUAUAAUGAAGCCACGCUCAUUAAGUUCUGUCAUCGAAAGCCUAUAUUCUGUGCCAUCAUCCUCGAGUCCGAGUUCUACCAUCACCAUCUCAUGCUUCGGCGCCCAGCAGAAUCAUGACGGCAAUCGUCUUCCACCAAGCACUCGGUGCGGUGCGGCAUGUGCAGAGGGAUGCCGCCGCAGAGGCCUUAGUCAUCGACCAUUCCCGAGAUGGCGAGAGCCGUUUCGCAGAAAUCCUCGCCAUACUUAUCAUCGGCGCCGUCUUGUCGACAUUAGCCGUGGCACUGAGAGCCUUUACGAGGAUCAAGAUGCUUCACACCUUUGGCCUCGAUGAUGUCCUCAUGGUGGGCGCACAAAUUCUCGUAAUCGGGGCCGCAGUGGCCAUCGGACUCGAAUCCGCGUGGGGACUUGGCAAGCAUUCCUGGGUCCAGCCAAAGGAGGACUACAUUCCCUACAUGAAGUCAUUCUAUGUCUCAAUUAUCCUGUACAACGUCGCGACGACCGUCGUCAAGCUCUCCAUCCUCUUACAAUACCGCCGGAUAUUCGCCAACAGCCUGAUGCAGACGAUGACGACGUGGGGUCUGGCUUUCAUGACCGCCUGGACAGUCAUGCUCUGCUUCCUGCUUCCGAUGAUGUGCCUGCCCGUGGCGGCCUUCUGGGAUACGACCAUCAAGGGACGCUGCAUCGACCUCCUCGCCAGCUGGUACGUGAUGGCGGCAGUCAACAUCGUGGCCGACUUUGUCAUCUUCAGCUUGCCGAUCCCCGUCAUCAACUCGCUCCAGAUUCCUCGGCGCCAAAAACGGAUGCUCAUCUUUGUCUUUGGUCUCGGAUUCCUCACCUGCAUCAUCUCCGCCUUUCGCAUAAAAACCCUUCGCGUCGCAGCUCAGACCCAAGACCCGUUCUGGGACAACGUCGACGCCGCCACCUGGUCGUUUCUCGAGGUCACCAUCGGCAUCCUGGCAGCAUGCCUACCGACCCUUCGGCCCAUAUUCGUCGCCCUCCUGCCCCGGCUCUUCGACGGGUCGUCAUUCCAUAGCAGGUCCAAAGGCCAAACCGCGAGCGAGCCCAGCAGGGUGCAGGGGAGGCAUGAGCUGGGGCGCCAUCUGCCGUUGAGCAGCACGGAGAGACUGAACCACCAAAUCCAGAACGAUAUCGAAAUGUCUGGAUCCGAGCCGGACAGGGCACCCGAGUACACCGUCAGCGUCAGCUCGGGGUCACCAACGGUCUCGGAAAAGAUGUCCCGGGUGAAAAGCCCCAGUGGCGUUAAGGAUGAAGCGGCGAACGUCAAGGGGCAAAUCAGGACCACCACCGUCGUCACACAGCAGGUUACUUUCGACAACGCAAAACGCAGCCCGACGCAAUAGUAGAGAAGGACGGAAUUCGUUCCUUGUGAAAUCACUUGGCGGCCUUUCACUGCUGACGUAGUUUCAUUUGUAAUGAUAUUCUCCCAUUCGUGUUGCAAAGAGGCGCCUCUCAGACCGUGCGCGGCCGAGCACGAGUCGCGCUUUGCCCGCCCUCGGAUCCGUUUCAUGACAUGCGGAUGCCGUUUGACUUUGCACGCCACC